CAUAGGGUGCAGAAAGAAAUGUCUGUGUCGUGUUAUUGUUAGUAGUAGCUGUUUGUGUGGUGAGGGAAAAGAUAGCAGAUAUGGCAGUUUCAGAGAUAGGUUGGAGUUGGAGGCUUUUGUGUAACAGCCACGGUGUUAGAAAGCCAAACACGCCCUUGUUCCUCCAAAUCCCAACGCAAAUUGGCUUCACUAGGUUCUCUUCUUGCGUUGUCGCUCGCGCUUUGGACCCCAAAACGGAGGAUCAGAACUCCACCUCUUCUUCUCAAGAGGAUUUAGUGUACGUGGGAAAAGUGGUGGCGGGUUCUUUUGCGGGUGGUGGUGCGAUCAAGUAUGGGAGCGCUCUUUUCCCUGAGAUAACUACUCCCAACCUUCUGCUGGCUCUCAUCAUCAUCUUAACUCCUGUGCUUGUUGCUGUUUUUCUUUUGUUCAAGGAAAGUCUUACAGACCAAUAGCAACUUUAUUUUUUAUUUAUUCAUGAAUCAUAAUCAAAUUGGUGAGAUACUGAUACACUUUAUUGUACUGCAACUACAUGAUUUAUCUGUGUAAAGAACAUCCCCCAAAAUGAGACAUGUAGUGAAAGAAGUCAAGUAUGAACUAGUUAAUUUUCGAUAUCAAGUUGAGUCAGUAUUCCGUUUAUACUUUUACUCUUCAAACAAGGACACUAUUUUUCAUUUCA